AUGACUGAAAAUCAGUCAAGUGUAGCAUCUAGCCCGGCUGUAAGGUCCGAGGAUCCAGCAUGGGCUUAUGGUCGUGCUGUGCCAAAUGCAAGAAAUAACACCCAGUGUACUUUUUGUUGUAAAAUGAUAAGGGGGGGAGGAAUUACUAGGCUCAAGUAUCAUUUAGCUGGGAUUCCGGAUGAUGUUGAAGCAUGUAAAAAAGUAUCUGAAGAUGUAAAAUGGCAAAUGAAACAGUUGAUUGAAGAUUUAAAGAAAAAGGAGGAGGAGGAGGAUGAUCAUCAUCAUGAUGAAGGUAAUAAUGAUAAUGAGAGAGGGGGUUCAAAGAGUCAUUCAUCAAUUAGUAAUUAUAACACUAAGGGGAAAGAAAAAGUUGGAGAAAAGUCAAACAUUAAAUCCUAUUUUGCUCCAAGAACAAAACCUGGUUCUCAACCAUCCAUAAGGUCUUCUUUGGCCUCAAAGCAAAUGGUUGAGAAGGCAAGAAUGAAUUUUGCAAGAUGGUGGUACCAUGCUAAUAUACCUUUCCAUGCCGCUCACUCUGUGUAUUAUCAAGAAGCUUUAGAUAGUGUAGCAGCUAUUGGGCCUGGUUUUAAGGGACCUUCUUAUCAUAACUUGAGGGGGUCUUUAUUACAAAAACAUGUGGGUGAAAUGAAUGAUUAUCUCUUAGAUGUGAAAAAUGAUUGGAAAGUUUAUGGGUGUUCAAUUAUGUUAGAUGGGUGGACAAAUCAAAAGAGAGCUCCAAUCAUUAAUUUUUUAGUGUAUUGUCCUAUAGGUACCAUGUUUCUUAAAUCUCUUGAUGUGUCAGGCCUAACAAAGGUUGCAGAUACAUUGUUUAAGUUGUUUGAUAAAGUUGUUCAAGAAGUUGGGCCUGAGAACGUUGUGCAGUUCAUUACAGAUAAUGAUGCUUCUUACAAGUCUGCAGGAAAGAAGCUAAUGCAGAAAUAUGGGACAUUCUAUUGGUUUCCUUGUGCAGCUCAUUGCAUUGAUUUAAUGUUGGAAAAAUUUUCUGAUAAAAGAUAUUUUCCUAUCAUUUAUGAAACCAUUCAAAAGGCUCAAAAGAUUACCAAAUUCAUAUACAACCAUGGCAAGAUUUUAGCUUUGAUGAGAAAUGACUUCACUGAUGGUAGAGAUUUGAUUCGUCCAGCCAUCACAAGGUUUGCAACUGAGUUUUUAAGUCUUCAAUGCUUGACUAAGUUCAAGAAAGAAUUUAGGCAAAUGUUUACUUGUGAUCAAUGGGUCGAAUCUCGAUAUGCUAGGGAUGUCAUGGGAAAGGAGGUGGCUGCAAUUGUUUUGGAAGAUAGAGAGUUUUGGUUACAAUGUCAACAAAUAGUGAAGAUUAGUGAGCCUUUGGUUAGAGUACUACGUCUUGUAGAUGGGGAUGAAAAACCAUCAAUGGGAUACUUGUAUGAGGCAAUGGAUAAAGCAAAGGAGAAUAUAAAAGCAAGGUUGAAGAAUAAAAUUUCUACAUAUAUACCAUUUACUAGUGUCAUUUAUGCUAGAUGGGAUAAACAACUCCAUAGUCCAUUGCAUGCAGCAGGUUGUUAUCUUAACCCUGGAAUCUUCUUUAGGCUGUCAUUUAAGAAGCAAAAAGAUGUUACAAAAGGCCUACUUAGUACCAUUACAAGGCUGAUUUCUGAUCCUGAUGAGCAAGAUAUUCUUAGUUCUCAAAUUGAAUCAUACAAAAAGUCUUUAGGUGACUUUGGAAUGCCUAUGGCAAUCCGCCAACGUGAAAAACUAAGUCCAGAUAUGCUAUAUAAAAUGUCACCAAUGUAUGAUAUUGAUUUUGGUAGGAACAUUAGAAGGACAAAGGAUUACUUGGAUCCUAUAAGCCUUGAUAAUAUUGAUUUAAUGGAGGAUUGGGUAGCUGAGGAAUCCGAAUUUUUGUUACUAACUGAGGAAGAUGUGAAUUGGGAUAGCAUUGAAGAACCAUUAGCAACAAUAACUUUAGAAGAUGAUAAUGAUGAUGAUGAUGAUGUUGUUGUUCUUGAUGAGGAAGAUGGUGAAAAUGAUGUUGUGUUGACAGAUGCUAAUACUCAUGUGUAUUAUGGUCCUGAUGUAAAUCCUUUUGAAGGAUGGGAGUAG